GGAGAGGCUGGUUUGUUGACUGACUUCGGCUGCGCAGUAGCUGUCGCUGACAAACUGUCUACGAGAGAGAGAGUUAAAGCCAUUCAGUUGAUAAGAUGUCAACAAUGUAACUCUCGUUGUGCAGCCGUAGCCACAGAUUCCGGCACAACGCGACGAUUUUCCCGCAGAUGAAAUCGCGUGUCAUCGGACCAGUUUGUGGCCAGUUAGCUUAAAGUUAGCUGAAGUUAGAACACCGACAAGAUAGACGGCUGAAGUUCCUCCGGAGUGAAUGGGUUAGUUUAUGUAACGAGAGCAAGUCAGCCAGCUGAGGGCUACAAGGGAAAUAACACCGUUUCCAGAUGGACUUCCGCCAUCAAAUCAUUUGUUUAUUUAGGGCUGCGGUGUGAGGUCUUGACGUGUCCGUUUGCACGUUAGCUGUCAAACUCUCGCUCGUCCCAGCGGCCUAGGAGACGAGCUAGCUAGCUAGCUAGCUGUCUGCACGCCUGGCUCAUCUUCCAAAGUUUCGUGUUGUUGAUGGCCUCCCUGUCAGCCAUGGACACCGUGACUGAUGCAUGCCCUGCGGUGCACCGAAAUGGGACUGCCCAUCGGGAACCUCAAAACACGAGGCCGGCUGCUGCUGUUCUGAAGCUUCACUUCUACCACAGCAGCCAAGCAACGGCCGACGGCCGCUUUCUCGGCUACCCACCGGGGGACUACGUGGCUGAGGAGCUGUGCAUAGAUGCAGCCAAGGCAUGCAGUAUAUCCCCACUGUACUGCAACCUUUUUGGUCUCUUCCGAGAGCGAGACAGCUUGUGGUUUUCACCCAACCACAUCUUCCAGCUGGACGAACUGGCCUCUGAAGAUGUGUUUUUCAGAAUAAGGUACUACUUCCCUGGCUGGUACAGUGGUGGGACGUCCAGAGCGUAUCGAUAUGGCGUUUCCAAGGAGUCCGAAAGCCCCGUCCUUGAUGACUUUGUAAUGUCAUACCUCUUCUCUCAGUGGAGGAAUGACUUUGUGAGUGGCUUCGUGAAGAUACCCAACUCCCUUGAAAGUCAGGAAGAGUGCCUCGGUAUGGCUGUUCUCGAUAUGACGAGAGCUGCCAAGGAGAGGCAGAUGUCCCCGCUGGACAUCUAUCACACAAUAAGCUACAAGUCCUUCUUGCCAAAGGACAUGAGCGCUCAGAUCCAGGACUGCAACUUCUUGACACGCAAGCGUAUCCGAUUCCGCUUCAAGCGCUUCAUCCAGCAGUUCAGUCAGUGUCGGACCACAGCGCGCGACCUCAAGCUCAAGUACCUCAUCAGCAUGGAGUCCCUGGAGAAGUCCUUCUACACAGAGACCUUCAAGGUCAGGGAACCAUCCAGUGGACAGCUCAUCAUCCUGGUGGCAGCGGACAGUGGCAUCCAGUGGUGUCGAGAGAAACUGAAAGAUUCCGACCAGGAGCUGCAGACCCUGUGUGACUUCCCCGAUGUCACCGACAUCAGCAUCAAACAGCCCGGCAAGGAGGGUGCUGCAGAGAGUCGGGUGGUGACCAUCAACAAACAAGAUGGCAAGAAUCUGGAGCUGGAGUUCCUCAGCCUGUCUGAAGCCCUCUCCUUUGUGUCCCUCAUCGAUGGCUACUAUCGGCUUACGACGGACGCACAUCACUACCUUUGCAAAGAAGUGGCUCCUCCCAGACUUGUGGAGACCAUCUCUUCCCAUUGCCAUGGCCCCAUCUCAAUGGAAAUUGCCAUCCAUCGGCUUCAGAGGCGUGGAAACAAACAAGGAUUGUACAUUUUGAGAUGCAGCCCGAAAGACUUCAACAAGUACUUUCUGACUUUCCCCGUUGAGGUGUACGACGUGGUAGAAUACAAGCACUGCCAGAUAACCAAGUCUGUCGUCGGGGAGUUUAACCUCAGUGGAACCAAAAGGAACUUCGGCAGCUUGCAGGAGCUUCUCAGCUGCUACCAAAAGGAAACGGUGCGCUCCGACAGCUUCAUUUUCCAAUUCAGCAAGUGCUGUCCACCAAAGUCCAAAGAAAAGUCCUGCCUCCUCGUGUGUAGGAGCAACAAGGGCUCCGAAGUGCCGCUCUCUCCGUCUCUACAUCGACACAACAUCAGUCAGAUGGUGUUUCACAAGAUCAGGAAGGAAGAUCUGGAGUUUAUGGAGAGUCUAGGCCAAGGGACGUUUACCAAGAUCUUUAAAGGGGUCCGCAAGGAGCUGGGAGAUUAUGGACUCGUGCACCAAACAGAAGUUGUCAUGAAAGUCCUGGACCAAGCCCACAGAAACUACUCUGAGUCUUUCUUUGAAGCUGCCAGCAUGAUGAGCCAGUUGUCCCACAAGCACCUGAUACUCAACUACGGUGUGUGUGUUUGCGGAGAAGAAAAUAUCAUGGUGCAGGAGUAUGUGAAGUUUGGUUCGCUGGACACCUACCUGAAGAAGAACAAGAACUCCAUAAACCUCCUGUGGAAGCUGGAGGUGGCCAAGCAGCUGGCCUGGGCCAUGAACUUCCUGGAAGAAAAGCACCUUGUCCACGGGAAUGUUUGUGCGAAAAACAUUCUUUUGAUCAGAGAGGAAGACCGGCGGGCUGGGAACCCCCCCUUCAUCAAACUGAGUGACCCCGGCAUCGGCAUCACUGUCCUCCCCAAAGAAAUCCUGAUUGAGAGGAUCCCUUGGAUUUCCCCCGAGUGCGUCGAGGACCCGGCCAACCCGAGCCUGGCUGCAGACAAGUGGAGCUUUGGCACCACGCUGUGGGAGAUCUGCAGUGGGGGGGAGAAACCAUUAGCAACACUGGACAACUCUAAGAAAUCCCUCUUCUAUGAGGACCACCACCAGCUUCCGGCACCAAAGUGGACCGAACUGGCCAAUCUGAUUACCAGCUGCAUGGACUACGAGCCUUCCUUCAGGCCCACAUUUCGUGCCGUUAUCCGUGACCUCCACAGCCUCUUCACGCCAGACUAUGAGUUGAUCGUGGAAAGCGACGUCUUGCCAAACAGGACCGUGGUCUCGGGCUGGUCCACCGGGGGCUUUGAGAGUCAGGAGCCGGCUCAGUUUGAAGAGAGACACCUGAUAUUCUUACAGCAGCUGGGAAAGGGGAACUUUGGCAGCGUGGAGAUGUGUCGAUAUGACCCGCUUACGGACAACACUGGAGAGGUCGUGGCUGUGAAGAAACUCCAGCACAGCACUGCAGAGCACAUCCGAGACUUCGAGCGAGAGAUUGAGAUCCUGAAGUCUCUGCAGCACGAGAACAUCGUCAAGUACAAAGGCGUUUGCUACAGUGCAGGACGAAGAAAUCUCCGUCUCGUCAUGGAAUAUCUUCCCUUUGGAAGUCUGCGAGAUUAUCUCAUAAAGAACAAGGAGAGGACGGACCACAAGAAGCUUGUGCAUUACACUUCACAGAUCUGCAAGGGUAUGGAGUACCUGUCAAGUAAGCGCUAUAUCCACAGAGACCUGGCGACACGAAACAUCCUUGUGGAGAGUGAGCUGAGGGUAAAGAUCGGAGAUUUCGGCCUCACCAAAGUGCUGCCUCAGGAUAAAGAGUACUACAUGGUCAAAGAGCCAGGAGAGAGUCCCAUAUUCUGGUAUGCCCCCGAGUCGCUGACUGAGAGCAAGUUCUCUGUGGCGUCAGACGUCUGGAGCUUUGGAGUGGUGCUUUAUGAGCUCUUCACCUACAGCGACAAGAACUCCAGCCCACCGGCAGUUUUUAUGUCCAUGAUGGGGAAUGACAAGCAAGGACAGCUGAUCGUCUAUCACCUCAUUGAGCUCCUCAAGUCCGGCAGCAGGCUGCCUCAACCUCUGGGGUGUCCCACGGAGAUACAUGAGAUCAUGGAGGAGUGCUGGGACAACGACCCCGGCUUGCGUCCUUGUUUCAAGGAGCUUGCCCUGCGCAUCGACCUGUUCAGGGACAAGCCUUUUUGUGAGCUUCACCACUCGGCACGCAGACCGGAGAACCGCCAGCAGAGUGACAGUGAGGAUGAGGUCCAGGGGGCCCCCUGACGGGGGGUACGGCUGGGUGGUGGUCAUGUCAACCUUCUUCGUCAUGGGCCUCACCGGCGCCGUCAUGAA